CCACCCCACCCCCCAUCCUCCGAUCCCCGCGAGCGGCGGCGGCCAGCGAUGGCGGCGAGCAACAUCGGCAUGAUGGACGGCGCCUACUUCGUCGGGCGCAACGAGAUCCUCGCGUGGAUCAACACCACGCUGCAGCUCGGCCUCUCCAAGGUGGAGGAGGCGGCGUCGGGCGCGGUAGCGUGCCAGCUGAUGGACGCGGCGCACCCGGGGGCGGUGCCGAUGCACAAGGUCAACUUCGACGCCAAGACCGAGUACGACAUGAUCCAGAACUACAAGGUCCUGCAGGACGUGUUCAACAAGCUCAAGAUCACCAAGCACAUCGAGGUGAACAAACUCAUCAAAGGAAGACCUCUUGACAAUUUGGAGUUUAUGCAGUGGAUGAAAAGAUACUGUGAUUCUGUCAAUGGUGGCUUCAUGACCAGCUACAAUGCUUCUGAGAGAAGGGAAAGCAGCAAAGGUGGAAAAGAAACCAACAGAAGAACAUCGGUGCCCUCUCACACGCCGGCCAAGUCUACAUCCACAGGACACAAGGCUCAACCUUCAUCACAUGGCACUAAGCGGGGAAGUGGACAAGCGGCUAAUGCGCCACAACGCAGUGCUAAACCAUCACUUGCCAACUCUGGUGGACCAGCUUAUGAUGAACAGAUCACUGAGCUGAAGCUCCUGGUUGAUAGCCUGGAGAAGGAGAGAGAUUUCUACUUCUCCAAGUUGCGGGACAUUGAGAUCCUGUGCCAGAGCCCUGAAGUUGAGCACGUGCCUGUCCAUGCUAUCCAGAACAUACUCUACACAUCAGAGGACGACCCAGCAACAGUGGCCGAGGCUCAGGCGAUGGUUUCCAAGCAGCAGCAGCCGGCGCUGAGCCCCAUCCUGGAGGCGUCCGAUGAGAGGCCGAAGCAAGAGGUUGCGAACAAGCGGAAGAGCAUCUCGGACCUGGAGGAGUUUGGGAUGGCAUCCAGCUCACGGCAGAGGCUCUCCGACAUCUCCGACGUGCAGCUGUGUGGAUCCCCGCUGAUGAGUUUCAGUUGAAGCAACUGUCGUUGCUACAAAAUCGGUCUCGUCAUUGCUGUUAUGACCUGGUCUUUUGUAAGGCAGUGAAACUAUCUCCGUUGGAUUGGUUUGUGGAUCCGUCUGUUGUACGGUCGGUGGUGUAUUGUCGUGUGCCCGUUUGCAAGGUACUCCUCCCGUCCUAUUAAUAUACAAGGCGUAACUAUUUUUUA